UGGGGUCGAAAUGGUCGUCCGUUUGAGCCGCGAUGCGAACGAGCUGGAAGUGGCUGCAAACAGGCAGUUGGCAGCCAAUUGGUGCACACGACUCGAGUUCGAGUCCCGCUCGGCGAAAUGAGGCGCGUCAUUGGACGUUGGGGCAACAGUUUGACGGAAAGGCAGUCUGGCAGUGUGGCGCCAAGUUGUGUGAUUGUAGCAAAAGGGCCAGUUACAAUCGCCAACUCAAGUCAGGUGGGCCAGACUGAGUGA